AUGAUUUCCAUAUCGACACUUCUGCCGGCCUCGUUUCUUCUAGCUGGCGGCCUAGUGGCUGCCCAGUCAGAGAAUAUCGAAGCAGAGCUCUUCAAGCCAACAAGAUAUAUUGUUGAAUUUUCCGAUGCUGGCUCAGCAAAGUUCAGGAAACGAGAUGGGGAGAGUGACGGGGGUGUCAAUGCAGAACCAGCCAUUACCUUCAACUCUGAACUGUUCCAUGGCGCCUCCUUUGAGAUCACCAACGCUACGGAUCAGGCCAUAGCUGACAUCCUGAACCUCCCCGAGGUAGGGAGAUUGUGGCCAGCAGCGUACAUGACACUUGAUGCCGAGUCCCAAGGCUUCCUACAGGACUCGGAAGCCCUUGCUGCCUGGGAUCCUCAUAAAGAAACCAAUGUGUCCCAAGUUCACGCCCUAGGCCACAAGGGUGAAGGUGUCGUCGUCGGCAUCGUGGACACGGGCGCCGAUUACACCCACCCCGCUCUGGGAGGCGGCCUCGGUGCCGGCUUCAAGAUCGAUGGCGGUUGGGAUUUCAUAGGCAAUUCACCGGAUGUCAUGGACUGCAAUGGCCAUGGAACCCACGUUGCCGGCAUUAUCGGUGCUGAUGAUAAGUAUGUUCAAGGCGUUGCGCCCAAGGCCACGCUCCGCCCAUACAAAGUUUUCGAUUGCUCGGGCGGUGCAACCGAGGAUACUGCCAUGGCGGCAUUUAUCCGGGCAUAUGAGGAGGGUGCAGAUGUAAUCAAUGGCUCUCUGGGAGCAGACCGAGGAUUCCCAGAUGGGGCAAUCGCUGUAUUGCUUUCAAGGAUCCAAGAACAAGGUGUUCUUAUCGUCGUCGCGGCGGGGAACUCGGGUGCACAAGGUAUGUUGAUGGAAGUCAAGCCAGAUGAAGAGGCACAGUUCGCUAACUGGUGUGAUUGUCUGGCAGGGCCUUUUUACACUACGAACCUGGGAAACAACUUUGGCGGCCUCACCAUUGGCAGUGUUGAACAUGACACUCUGAUUGCGUACAUGGUUACUGCCUACUCCUCGAGCGGGGAAUCCAGAACUUUUGCCUAUACCAGCAACGAUGGUCGACCAUUCAACAGGACCGGAAAUGUCACUGCCUCAUGGCUGGAUGCAGACACACGUACAUUCAACCCUUGCCUUCAAUGGACGGCGCCGUCCCCAAUUCCAGACGAUAAUCUUAUCGUUUUGCCCUGGCAGAGCCAUGAUAACAUCCUCAACGAUAGAGCUGACUGGGCAUUUUGGUACAACCUAAAGGAUGCUGAGUACGAAGUGCCUACCCGCCUAAUAUACGAUCCCUCAGUCCAGCCCGUAGGCACGGCCUUGAUUAGUUACGAAGACGGCGACUGGUUGGUCACCCAACACGAGAACGGUUACGAUGUUACCUACAGUUUCGACCCUGACAGCUCUCCGGUGGCUGCUGAGAGACCAAGCUGGGCAGGCGGUAGACUGAACAAUUGGAGUUCAUGGGGUCCUACCAUCGAUGGGCGAACGAAGCCUGAGGUCGUUGCGCCAGGUGGUACGAUCUACAACACUGCUGCGGGCGGCGGCUGGGUCACGUAUUCCGGAACAAGCAUGGCUUCUCCAUAUGCUGCUGGUCUCGGUGCUCUUGUUCUUGGUGUACACGGCACACGCGCGGAGAACUCUGACGCAGCUGCUUCCGCUCGUCGUCGGAUAAUCGCUAGCACUAGAUCGAUCAAAAAUCCAGACGGAUCUGGUGCACCUGCGUCAGUUGGCCAGCAGGGCGCGGGUCUUGUCGAUGGACUUAAGGCAGUGCUCUACUCGACUACUGUCAACCCGUCAUACAUCCAACUCAACGAUACGGAUAAUUUCAAGUCUACCAAUGAGAUACAGAUUACCAACAAUGGAGACGAGCAGGUCACAUAUAAGCUUAUCCACAGCACUGAGCCAACGUAUUUCCCCCGAAACGCUGAAAGUGGCCUUUUCAUCCUAUCGCCACCCCAUUCCACUGAGAGUGGCGACCUGGCCAGUGUCAAGCUCUCAGUAGAGGAGGUUACCAUUGCUGCUGGUGAGACUGUGAACGUUGAGGUUCACUUUACCGAGCCUUCUGCAAGCGACAACAGCACGUUCCCAAUAUAUGGGGGUGCCAUUGUUAUAUCUGGAAACAAUGACGAGACCGUCCGAGUAUCUUACCUGGGUCUCAAAGGUUCCAUCAACAACUUCCCCCACUUUGGUGGUAUCAGCCCACCGUUCCUGGAUCCUGACGGCCAGGCCAUGACAGAAGGAAAGACCUACUCCUUCAAUGAGCAAAACGUCCCUUACCUGCCAUUCGUGAUCGCUUGGUCAACAAAAGAGUUCAGUUUUGAUUUUGUCGGCAAAGACUGGUCGCCUGAGGACUGGACCUGGCCACUUGUCCCCGGAGAGAAGAAUUUCUUCGGCAGCUUCCGGACUGUUGGUGACGGAGACGACUUCGUGGUCGCUGACUUCCCCGUCGUGAACUUUCCACGGCUAAGCAGAGAAUUCCACGCCAGACCAUCCGGUACAUUCUCAUGGGGCGGGGAGCUCGUGGAUGGCGAGUAUAGGUAUCUCAGGAGGUCUUUGAAGACCUUUGGGGACCCGAACAAGAUCGAGGAUUGGCAGUGGGAUUUGUCGCCGUGGUUUGGCGUGCAGCGCGGCGCUUGA